AUGCCGGAGCCUACACCGCCGUCCCCGACCUCGCCCAAGUUGCACUACAGCAAGCAUAUCAUCUUGACAACAUACCCUGGUCAAAGUGGCAUUGACCCCGUGCCAUUGGAAUGGGGUGCCGCAGAUGCCAAAUCUCGCGGACCGGUAGUGGUGUCGCGCAGUGGAAACCUCGUCAAGCGCCGCAAUGCGAUCGGCGCUCACGGCGGUAGCUACAGCAUCUACAACGCGCUGGCCGUUGCUGCGGGCGACCUGGAUGCGAACUUCCGCCCAGACCUGCGUAACAGCCAGCCAACCUUUGACUUCCCCUGGCAGAAGGCCUGGGCCGAUAAGACCAGGAUCGUGUCGAUGGACCCGUACGGUCAUGAUAUCGUCAACCAGUACAAGGAGGAGUUGGAGGCUGGGUGGGAUAUUCGGCCCACAAUGGCGAUCACACGAGCUAACAUGAAGCUGGCCGAGAUUGCAGACGCAGUUCGAGACGGCCUACUCGAGGUAGACGGCUCGAUUGUGGUUGACUCGUCUGGAGAGGUGCGAGUGACAAAGGUUGCAGUGGAGCCCGUGUGGUAUUUGCCCGGUGUCGCCGAGCGAUUUGGAGUGGAUGAAGGCACUCUUCGUCGAACUCUGUUUGAGCACACAGGUGGCAGUUAUCCUGAGUUAAUAACCCGCCCGGAUUUGAAGGUAUUCCUUCCCCCAAUCGGAGGUCUUACGGUUUAUAUCUUUGGCCCUCCAGAACGAGUCGGUGAUGAGAAUGUCAAACUGGCUCUCCGGAUCCAUGAUGAAUGCAACGGCAGUGAUGUCUUCCAGUCCGAUAUCUGCACCUGUCGGCCAUAUUUAGCCUUCGGCAUCCGUGAAGCAAUUCGCGAAGCGCAGAAUGGGGGAAGUGGCGUGGUCAUCUACUUCCGCAAGGAAGGCCGAGCCCUUGGUGAAGUAAUCAAAUACCUCGUGUACAAUGCACGGAAACGGGGUGGCGACACUGCCGAUAAGUACUUCACGCGAACUGAGAACAUUGCGGGAGUGCGAGAUAUGCGAUUCCAGGCCCUGAUGCCGGACAUCCUUCAUUGGCUUGGCAUAACGAAGAUCGACCGCAUGCUGUCCAUGUCCAACAUGAAAUAUGAUGCCAUUGUGGAUUCGGGAAUUAAAAUCCUCGAGCGUAUUCCUAUUCCCGAUGAGAUGAUCCCCAGCGACUCGCGAGUUGAGAUUGACGCGAAGAUCAACGCAGGAUACUUCACAACUGGUAAACAGGUCACGAUGGAUGACCUGGCCGAAGUUCGCGGGCGUGGCUGGGAGAAGUGGGAGGAUGUUGCUCACUGA